UCGACCUUAGCCAAUCAUCAUUACUUAUGUGGUUGUCCCGCCCCCUCACCAAAGAAAAGAAAACAACUUUGAGAGCCUGGUCGGACGACAACAGCAUCAGCAGCGCUGUAACUAUGUGUUAUAACUAUUGAAACAGUAAUUAGUGACAGUAGAUUUUCCUGUUUCAGUCUUUAUUUUAAUGCAGGUUUUCCCAUCGCUGUAAAACUGCACAACUUUCUCAACUGCACUUCCUUCAGGAAAUGCACUUUUUGAGGUUGUGUGCUAAGAUAAAAGCCACUGUGGAAAUCAAAGCUGCUAAGGAAGAGUUAAGAACAGUAAUCUUGAAAGUGGCUUUUAAGAUUCAAAAGAACAGAACGUGAUCUGCCAUACAACACCAACCACUCACUGUGCAGCGUGUUCAGUAACACAUUAUUGUAUUAACUCAGUCCUGAUGGAUGAGACGGUGAAGCCUCUGAGGAUUCCCCCCAAGAUGUCGGUUUAUGCUGACAAACACGGCAUCUUCCACCUUGUACAGAGCAUGGUAUCCAGUCUGGUUAUUGAUCGACCCGAUGAUCCUAUCUCCUACCUGAUUGGUUUUCUGCAGAGGAGCAGUGUGGACAUUCCCAGGAUUGUGCUGCUUGGUCCCCCGGCUGUUGGGAAACACACUGUGGCCAAGAAGCUGAGCACUGAACUGGGAGCUGUUCAUGUGACCAUGCAGAGUCUACUGCAGGACCAAUCAGAGCUGGCUGAACAGACACACCAAUACACACUCACACAGCAGAAGAUCCCUGCAGAGAUGCUGGUCCAAAUGGUCAAGCAGAGACUGAACAAGGUGGACUGCUUCAACGGGGGCUGGGUGUUGGAGGGAAUCCCUAAGACUCGUCUACAGGCGCUGAGUCUUCAGGAGGUCGGGGUCAUCCCUGAACAUGUUGUGAUGCUUAAUGCUUCUGAUGAUGUUUUGCGGGAGAGAAGGAAGGGAAAACUGGUGGACCCCCUGACUGGAGACGUGUACCACCAGACCUUCAUCUGGAAGGUUGAUGAUGACGUUGCUCAGCGUCUGGAGAAGCAGCAGGACCGGUCAGAGAAACAGCACCAAGCUGAGCUGCAGCAUUUCCGCUGCGAGGUCACAGGUCUCAUGACAGCCUAUCAACAUGUCCUGAAGAUCCUCAACAGUGACCAACCCUUUGACGACGUCUACCAAGAAGCAAUGGCUUUCAUCCAUACUCACCGUCGCUCCAGAACUCCCAGAAUUCUCCUGCUGGGUCCACCUGGAUCAGGGAAGAGUCACCAGGCCAAACUGCUGUCCCAAAAAUACAAGCUGGUGGACAUCUGUUGUGGUCAGCUAUUGAGGUCUAUAGCAGCCGAUGAUUCAAGUCUGGGAGAGAAGAUCCAACCGUACUUGGGUAACGGACAACCAGUUCCAAACAUCCUUGUGCUACAGGUCCUGGAACAUCGGCUGAGCCGAGUGGACUGCAGCUGCAGAGGCUGGGUGUUGCAUGGGUUCCCUCGAGACCUGGAACAAGCCAGGAUGCUGCAGGAGUCCCAGCAGCCGCCCAACAGAGUUUUCAUCUUGGAGCUGACGGAUGAAGUUUGUCUGGAGAGACUGAGUCAAAGAGCGACAGACCCAGUGAGCGGGGAGAGGUUUCACACUGUGACUCGACCUGCUCCAAGUGCUGAGGUCCAGGGUCGACUAAAGACCAGACCAGAAGACAGUGUACAGAGUGUGGCGAACGCUCUGAAUCAGUACAGGACACACAACGAUGAUCUGCAGCCUAUUUAUCCAGAUGGACAUCACAUCGAUGCUGAUCAGGAUCCACAGUCUGUGUUUGAGGCUCUGGAGAGCAGAUUGAAUACUCUCUAAUCGCUGGAUCCACUUGGAUCCACCAUUGCCUGUACUUUUCCAAACUUUGUUCAUUUUGGUGUUUUAUUUUCAGUUUGUCUCGUCCAGACUUUCAGUUUUUUUUCUGCGUAUACAUGAUUUCACUGAUACAUUGUUUUCUUGUCUCAUGUUCACCAUAGUGAGCUAUGGUGAUAUUCAUGUUCCUGUGUGGAAGUCAGUCUUAGACAGCUGUGAUUUGUAUGGGAAUGGCAGAGCAGAAAGUGGCUGAUGUUCUAACUCCAGAAGAUGGUAAUGACAGUAAUGCAAGCUACAGUUAAACCACAUAGAAGAAGAAGAAGCGUGAUGUUUCUGCAGCUGGAGGCUGAGACUCAGACCAAACUUACUUUUGUCUUACUGAAUCCAUCUUCACCUUCUGUUUACAACAAAAACAAAGUACUUCACUGUGCAAAUGUGACCCAGCCACGAGAAAACCAGCCACCAGUCGGCCCAGCACAAACCGGGUAAACAAAGAACAAAGGAUUUUUUUUACAAAAAAUCCGACAUUUCCGUUCUUCACAGAAUAUGCAAGUUGACAUUUCGAAGAAGCCACUCAAUGUUUCAAAUCACAGUAUUGUGGGUCUUAAAAUCAUAAACGUUCUAUUUGA